GUCGCUCCUACUGUCCGAAUCCUUGGCGAUCGUGUGUUUCUUGUGAUUUAUUCUUUUCGGAGUGAUUUUUUUCUUCCAAAAAGUUCACCUUGUGGAUUUAAUCUUCUCAACACUUCAAUUACAAAAUUAAGAUGAACCAGCAGUGCAAAGUGUGCGGCGAGCCCGCGGCCGGAUUCCAUUUCGGAGCGUUCACGUGCGAAGGGUGCAAGAGUUUCUUCGGCAGGUCGUAUAACAACCUGAGCUCGAUUUCGGAGUGCAAGAACAACGGUGAAUGCGUGAUCAACAAGAAGAACAGAACGUCGUGCAAGGCGUGCAGACUGCGGAAGUGCCUGCUCGUCGGGAUGUCGAAGAGCGGCUCCAGGUACGGAAGGAGGUCAAACUGGUUCAAGAUCCAUUGUCUCCUCCAAGAGCAGAAGCAGAAAAACGACGACGGCCGGCUUGGUGCCCAGAUCGCCUCGAUCAACAGGAACAAAGAGGAGUUGAUGCUCCUCGGCCUGGAAGACUACAAAACCUACUCGCCUUCGACCAGCUCGCCCGGGUCAGACACAUCCGAAGAAAAGUGCAGGCGCGAACCGCCCUAUUUCGGAUUUCCGAUCAUCCCGCAGAUGUUCCUUCCGCAGCCGUUCCACCCGGCCUUCCUCCCUUCGCCGUACCUCUACCAGAACAGGACGUGGGACGAAUCGCCGAUCGACCUGUCGACGAAAAGCGCCGAAGACUCGACAGACUCGGACGAAGACAUCAACGUCGACGAUCUUCCCGAAGAGCCUUCCAUCAUCCGAGCGCCCCUCGAUCUCACGACGAAAGUCGUCUAAUCUCUCUCUCUCUC